AUGAGUGAAACGAUCAUGAAUGAGGAAAAACUCGCCAAACUGCAGGCACAGGUGCGCAUUGGUGGGAGAGGAACUGCUCGUAGUAAGAAGGUGGUUCACAGAACAGCCAUGUCAGAGGAUAGAAAACUGCAGUUCUCCUUAAAGAAGUUAGAGGCAAACAACAUCUCUGGUAUUGAAGAGGUGAACAUGUUUACAAACCAAGGAACAGUGAUCCAUUUUAAGGACACUGAAGUUCAGGUGUCUCUAGCAGCCACCAUCACCAUUACAGGCAAUGCUGAGACAAAGCCCCGGAUAGAAACGCUCCCCAGCAUCCUAAACCAGCUUGGUGCAGACAGUCUGAUUAGUUUAAGGAGACUGGCUGAGGCUCUGCCCAAACAAUCUACGAAUGGAAAAGCACGGCUUGCUACUGGAGAGGAGGAGGAGGAGGAUGUUCCAGAACUAGUGAAGAAUUUUGAUGAGGCUUCUAAGAAUGAGGCAAACUGA